UUUCUUUCUUCAUUUCUUGGUUCCUUCUUUCUCCUCCCACCUUAUAUAUAUAUCCCUUCUCUCCCAACCACAAAGAAACCACCAACCCUCCAAACUUAAUAUUCUCUUCCUCUCUAUCUCUUUCUAGCCACCCAUGGAACUAGAAGCACAGCAAUCCAAUACAUGGGAAGGCUAUGUUGAUUGGAGAAACCGUCCCGCUCUCAGAACCCGCCACGGUGGCAUGCUUGCUGCUUCCUUCGUUCUCGUGGUGGAGAUAUUGGAGAACCUAGCGUAUUUGGCGAAUGCAAGCAACUUGGUGUUGUACCUGAGAGAGUACAUGCAUAUGUCUCCAUCUAGAUCCGCUAACAAUGUAACUAAUUUCAUGGGAACUGCCUUCCUCCUCGCACUUCUCGGCGGUUUCUUAAGCGACGCUUUCUUCACAACUUAUCAUAUCUACAUCAUAAGCGCACUUAUUGAGUUCCUGGUAAUUAACUAUUUAUUAUUACUUUCAGUCACAUACUACAUAUGUCUAUGCGUUCCUUUCUAUCCAUGUGAUAUCAUCAUCAUCAUAUCUUAUCUCUCCCUUUAAUUAUGUGACUUUCUCUCACUUCACACUUAUACUUUUUGCACUUGUCAUUCUUCCCCUUCUUUUUCUCUCUUUCCAACUUACCCCCAUACUACUACUAUAUGCAAUU